AUGUUGUCGAUAACUCUUUUGGGGGCCUAUACGGCGGUGGCUUUGUCAUUGACCAUCCUCAUCAACGUGGCAUAUCAACUGCUCCUUCGUCAAUGGAACAAAAUCCAACCACCCGUGGUUUUCCACUGGAUCCCCUUCCUGGGAAGUACCAUUAGCUAUGGUAUAGACCCGUACAAGUUCUUCUUUGAUUGCCGGGAGAAGUAUGGCGAUAUCUUCACCUUCAUCCUCCUCGGGCAGAAAACCACCGUCUACCUGGGUAUCCAAGGGAACGAGUUCAUCCUCAACGGUAAACUCAAAGACGUUAACGCAGAGGAAGUCUAUAGCCCCCUGACAACGCCGGUCUUUGGCUCAGACAUCGUAUACGACUGUUCCAACGCCAAGUUGAUGGAGCAGAAGAAGUUCAUCAAAUUCGGUCUCACUCAGUCAGCACUGGAGUCUCAUGUCCCGCUCAUCGAGAAGGAAGUUCUCGAGUACCUAGACACUUCGCCAUACUUUCAGGGUCCUUCCGGCCGGGUGGAUAUCUCUGCUGCAAUGGCUGAGAUCACGAUUUUCACGGCUGCGCGCUCCCUGCAAGGUGAAGAGGUUCGGUCAAAGCUCACGGCGGAAUUUGCGGGUCUUUAUCACGACUUGGACAAGGGGUUUAGCCCUAUCAACUUCAUGUUGCCCUGGGCGCCGUUGCCUCACAAUAACAAACGGGAUGCUGCCCAUGCGCGUAUGAGGGCUAUCUACACUGAUAUCAUCAAUGACCGUCGUCAUAGCGAGAAAGGGACAAACUCAUCUGACAUGAUAUCGAACCUCAUGGACUGCACGUACAAAAAUGGGCAACCCGUCCCCGAUAAAGAAAUUGCGCAUAUUAUGAUCACUUUGCUGAUGGCCGGUCAGCAUUCAUCCUCGUCAAUCGGGUCUUGGAUUAUGCUGCGGCUAGCCGCUCAUCCAGAAGUCAUUGAGGAACUCUACCAGGAACAACUAGCCAACCUUGACCAUGAUGGAAAAGGGCUCUCUCUUCGGUACCAGGACCUUGACCGCCUACCCCUACAUUCAAAUGUCGUUCGUGAGACACUCCGCCUUCAUUCAUCCAUCCACUCUUUGAUGCGUAAAGUGAAGAACCCCCUAAACGUCGCAGGAACGCCCUACAUAAUCCCAACCAGUCACGUUCUCCUCGCUUCCCCAGGCGUAACCGCUCUAAGCGACCACUACUUCCCCAACGCGAACAAAUGGGAUCCUCAUCGCUGGGAUAAAAGCAAUCAGAAAGACGAUAAUGGUGGUGUGAACGAAGAGGUAGUCGACUACGGCUAUGGCGCCGUCUCCAAGGGCACGUCCAGCCCUUACCUCCCAUUCGGAGCAGGCCGUCACCGGUGCAUCGGCGAGAAAUUCGCAUAUGUCAAUCUUGGAGUCAUUUUGGCGGUGAUGGUGCGGCAUGUUCGAUUGUUUAAUGUGGAUGGAAAGAAGGGUGUGCCGGGAACGGAUUACUCGUCGCUGUUUUCGGGGCCUAUGAAGCCGGCGGUUAUUGGGUGGGAGAGGCGUGAUGGUCAGCGGAAAAUAUGA